GGGCCGAGGCGUGGGACGUGCUGCAGGUGAAGUUCGCCGGAGUUGUGUGAGUGGGAGGAGCCGGGAGGAACCGGGAGGCCGGGCGAGCAGCCGCUGAGUACGGGUGAAGGGAGACGUUCCUCUCCAACAGCGGGGCGAUGGAGGGCGGCGCGGGUCCGAAGCGCAAGAACCUCGGCUUCUUCAAACCCAGGCUGUACAUGCUGGAGCGGCGCCGCACCGACACCAUCAUCGCGCAGGCAGACGAGGAGAAGAGCAGUAACCUGCGCAGGAGCCAGUCCGAUCGCAGCGAGUACAGCCAGAAGCUGAAAGCUAAGAUGACUCCCCACGCAAUUCCUGAAGCCUCAGCAACCCCGGCACUGGACCCAAAGGAACAGAGAGAGCAAAUGAUGCGCAGGAGGUUAAAGGUCAUCGAGGAGCUAGUACAGACCGAGAGAGAUCACUACAAGGACCUGGAUCUGUGUAUCACGCAUGUAGUGCAACCUCUCCGGCAGAAACAGAUAGAGUGUCUCGAUGUGGACGGGUUGUUCAGUAACAUCGAAUCAGUCCAUCAGAUAUCUGCCAAGCUCUUGUCAAUGCUGGAAUACACAGUCACUGAGGAUGAGCAAGAAACACAGAUGAUCGGUGAAAUAUUUUUGCAGAUUAAAGCUCCUUUAGAGGAAGUCUAUAAAAUCUAUUGUUAUCACCAUGACGACGCCAAUAAUUUGCUGGCAGUGUAUGACAAAGAUGAAGACAUUCGGCAGCAUAUAAGAACUCAAGUUGAUAUUCUGAAGAAAAUAUAUCAAGAGCAGGGGAAGUCUACCCUGUUGGAAAUGGGAUCACUGCUCAUUAAACCUGUGCAGAGAGUAAUGAAAUACCCGCUGCUGCUGAAUGAGCUUCUCAAGUCCACACCGGAGCUACAUGCCGACCACAGGCCUGUUGAAGAGGCUUUGCUUGCGGUGAUGCAGAUCAACACCAACAUCAAUGAGUUCAAGAGGAGGAAGGAUCUGGUGAUGAAGUACAAGCGGAGUGACGAAGACGAGUCUCUCAGGGACAAGCUGACUAAGGUGAACAUUCGUUCGAUCAGGAAGAAGUCGAACCGUGUCACCAGCCACCUGAAGAUCCUCACUGGAGGAGAGCUCCAGGUCAAGGAUGAGACAUUCGACCAAGAAGAGAAACUGUUCCGAAACUUGGAGAGGGCUGUGAGACUUACUGUGAAGAACAUAUCAUCCUAUGUUCAGAAUAUUCAGGAAGGUAUGCUAUUGGCCGUUCAAAAUGUUCACGGACUUCAAAGUACUUUCCAAGACUCGCACCAGACCAAUGGCAACUCUCUAGACGGACUCAGAAACUAUCAAAACUCUUUUGAAAGUUUUAGAGACCAGCUGGAGAGGGCAGUGGUCCUGCCGCUCGGCACGUUGCAGGUCCUCUUCUCGGCUCCGCAGAAGCUGAUACAGAAGCGCUACGACAAGCUGCUUGAUUACAUCAGCUGCCUCAAGCAGUCAGAGAGCGCGAAGGAGAGGAAGGCCGCAGAGGAGCUGAACCAGGCAAAGAGGGAUUACGAAGCUCUGAAUGGACAGCUGGUGGAGGAGCUGCAGAAGUUUAACAAAAUGGCAACAAAAGUUCUGAUCAACUGCAUUUACUGUUUUAUGGCCAUCUUCAGGGAUCUCAUGACCUCUGCACUAGAGGCAUCUCCGUCCAUCAAAAACAUACCGAUUACCUCCACAAGGAAUGUCCAAGACAAGCAAAAACAAGUCAUUGAAGAAAUAUGCAAGCUCUCCUUUGGUAAGGAGUUCAGUAAUGGAUCUCAGAGGGUGCUGGAGAGAAGGAACAGCUCAGAAGAAAGGUCAAAGAAAAGGCUAUCAGCUUCCUUGCCCAAAGCUCCCCAUCAGACCGAAGACCACCGGGCUAAACUCCUGUCGAUGUACAGUCCUGACAAGCUGUUUCAGGCAAAGCGGAAAUUCAACGCCACCCAAGAGUUAGACGCGUCUCUUCACGAGGGUGAAAUCGUGGCCGUUCUUGAGAAGCAGGAUCCUAUGGGCAGUGUGAGCAGGUGGCUCGUUGACACUGGAGUGACACAGGGCUAUGUGUACUCCUCAUUUCUGAGGCUGUACAACCCUGCGGUUGGACAGAAUGGCCAGUCGAGUGAAGGACCCGCUAUGGACAGCGAUUUUGAUGACAUUACUCUAUUCGUAACUUCGUACUCUGACAUCAUGAAGACUUCACAUUUCAGCACCAGUGACAGUGACACUCCUCUGAACAGUUCUCGGGAGGUUAGUCCGUGCAGCGCAGAAACAACGUCGUUCAGUGGAAGUGAUGACAACUCAAGUGACCUGGGAGAGCAGCAGAUCUUCUAUGCUGUGUACCCAUUUCAAGCAAGGAGUGACUACGAACUCAGCCUCCAGGAGUACGAGCGAGUGAAGAUAGUCAAAUCCAGUGACUUGAGCGGCAACAAAGACUGGUGGUUGGCGGAGGUCAAUGGCAAAAGGGGCUAUGUCCCUGCAAACUACUUGGGAAGAAUGACUUAUGCAUGAAGACCCAACAAGUUAAAACCUUUGAGAUCCAUGAAUGGACCUUCAUUAGCAUGCGGUUGCUGACCUAGCUUUGGGCAUCAUGUUGAAGGAGCAAGGCCUGUUUAAUUGGAAGUGGAGAAUAGUAAUGGGAAGCUGUGGCUGCAGCAACUGAGACUGUCUCGUUGUCAAUUUUAAAACUAGUGCUCCUAAUGCUCCAUUAAAAUCAACACAAAAAUAAACCUGGAGACACAAGAGAUGGCAGGUUCUAGAAUCUGGAGCAGAAAUGUAAGCUGCUGGAAGAUCUCAGCAGGUCAGGCAGCACCCGUGGAGGGAAAUGAACAGUUGAUAUUUCAGGUUGAGACCCAAAAUUGUCAACUGUUCAGAAUCAGGUUUAUCAUUACUGAUAUAUAUCAUGAAAUUUGUUGUUUUAUAACAGCAGUAUUGUGCAAAACAUGAACAUUACUCUAAGUUGCAGACAUAAAUAAAUAGUGCACAGCAAGAAUCAUGAGGCAGUGUUCAUGGGUUUCAAACCCUACAUUGAUGUUGCUUGACCUGCUGGGUUCUUCCAGCAGUUCUUCUUUUGUUCCAUAAAACAAUUUCUUGUGUCUCCAUACACUUUCCAAAGAAAUUGACUCAUUUUCCAUGUGGAUAGGACACUACUGCUUUGAAGCAACUGUGUAGUGAAAUGUUCAGUUGUGUGCAUGUGUAUGUGUGAGUGGGAGUGAGCACUAUAUGAAGGAUAUGGUACCAAUGACCCAGAUACCAAGGCUGUGUGUGAGUGGGAGUGAACACUAUAUGAAGGAUAUGGUAUCAAUGAUCCAAAUACCAAGGCCACAAAAUCUAGAUGUUGCUAUUAAACGUACUCCUGUGGAGUAGAGACUUCAUUAAAAAAUCCUCUUGAGAUAUGAAAGUAUACACUAAUUCAAAGCUACCGGGAAUAUGCAGAAUAUUUAACAUGAAUCUUUUCUUCUAUUAGAAUUUCAAUUAUUAAGUAUCACAGAAGAUGAAGCCAAAGAAUACAUCAAGUUUUAUUUCAUUGUGGGAUAGCAUUUAUCUUCCAUCCCAGAGGAUGGAAGAUAAAUACUGUCAAUUAAGAUCCAACUGUGGAGUUGCACAGAGACCAGAAUGGAUAAGCGAACAAACAAGAGAAAAUCUGCAGAUGCUGGAAAUCCAAGCAACACACACAAAGUUCUGGAGGAACUCAGCAGGCCAGGCAGCAUCUAUGUAAAAAGGUACAGGCGACA